AUGGUUGAUGCUACCGAUCGAGUGUUGAAACUAGUCGCUAGAGAAGAACUACAUUUAUCUUUUAGUCGAGAUGAAAAAGAAUUAAAGAAGUUACAUGAGAUUAUACAAUAUUUAAUUGAAUUACAAAAAAUCCAACGACAACAAGAAGAAAUAACAAAAUUGUUGCGUGAGCAUCGUGUCAGUGAUGCGAAUCACCUAUCACAGUCAGUUCUCAUGACAAUGGGUGCGAUGCAAGAUAAAAUAGGUCUUACAACAGGAACGAUGCGUGGUGAUGAACGAGCUUCAUUCGACUUUAUUCAAAAUGCAGCAUCAGUUACGAAAAGACGAAUCAUGGAUGUGGAAGCGAAGGAAUGGCUCGCUGUGACAGAAUUGGCAUGUGUUUUCACGAAAUUGAAAGCAACAAGUAGACGGAAAAUAUAUUGUCCGUUAUUCACCUGCGUUCCAAUGCAUCCAAAAGUUCUAUUCUUUUGGUUCAUCGAUGUAAUACGUCAUUCGAACUUUUUCGUCCUUGAAAUACAAGAUCAAUCUGAUCGGGGAGACAAUGAAUCAGAAGAUCGUGCAGAUGCUGUAAAGCAUAAAACAUAUUCGACGCGACUUUACAUUCUUCUUUUUCUGGUGUCGUUCUACAUAUUCUUUUAUAUUGCUAUGGUCGCACCUCAGCCGCGUACAGUGGUCAUUUCGGAUGUUACUAUAACUACUUUUAAAAAGCUCUAUCGUGACUAUGAAGAUAAACUAACAUGUCCAUGCACAAAUACAUUUGUGUCUCAUCAAAAAUUUGUGGCCAUUCAAGUGAUACUUCAUCCUGUCUGCUCCAGCUUCUUCGUCAGGAAAGAAUGGAUCGAUGCUCUGUUUUUGGCCAAUGCGAGUCGAUAUCGACCGAACGAUUUUCGAAGCUCAGCUUAUGCUCAGUUUCAACUUUUGAGUGAUUUUUGUUCUUUGGCCAAAAUAACGGCUUCUCAAGUCCGAAGUGAGAUUGACAUUUCAGAACUUGCCACAGUCAAUGCUCUAUCAGAAGAACGGGUAAAAUCAACAGUGGAUGCUGCGAUGAAAUCGGUCACGAUCGACGUAUUCACUCGGUUGAUGUCCUUUAUCGACUAUAUAAAUAUUAACACUCGAUCAAACGGUUUCAUAUCAGCCCUUAAUAUCAAUACUGGCGUUUACGUCUGGCCGUCUAGCAACCAGUACGUGGCAGGCAAAUUUGGAGCAAUUUAUAUAGAUUCGACCAUGACAGUACGUAGGUGCAGCCAGGGAAGUAUCUCCAUGCCAGCUCUUUUGCAUUCCACGGCGCAGUCGCCCAAUUAUAGCGAUUAUACUACAUUACCUUAUUAUCAGAUAAAUUAUACGCGUGUUGUUGGAUUUGUCGCUGCAUGUACACCUUUGGAAAGUCUGUUUUCCAGCACACUCACUUGUUUAUACGAGAGUGAAUGUCUUCUGCUGUUACCAGAAUACUUUCCUUCUCUGCACCAAAUUGGCUUCAACGCAACCGGAUCUGUUCUUGCUUCACAACGGAACGAUUCCCAACUGUUACACUAUUACAUAAAAAGUAUGCUUACCGAUGAAUGGACAGCCGUAGUCAAUUAUGAAAAGUAUUUCGAGCAAUGUGCUCCGUCCUCGUGUUCCUACGCAACAACAGAUCAAAGAAAUGUUCACUAUGCCAUAACGAUGCUCGUCAGUCUCUACGGAGGAUUCACUAUUAUACUUCGUUUGAUUGCACCUUGUCUCAUCAGUAUGGCAUUCAAACUUCAGUUUCGACCACGAAAUCUUCGAGUGUCUUUGCUUCUCUGGCCACGCACUGCAGGCAAGUUUUUGAAAGAAUUGAACUUGUAUCGAACAACUGCCGAUAGAACGGUGAAUGGAAUAAAAAAGCAACAGAUGGUUACUCGUGUCUAUCUGAUUUUACUAGCUAUUUCAUUCACCAGUCUGCUACUUUUUCAUACACUCAAUACGGAAACAGUGACCAUCACUAUAUCGAAUCCAUCAUUAGAUGCUUACACGGAUUUAGAAAAGUCAUACAAUGAUACAUUGCGAUGUCCAUGUUCAACCAUGCUCACUGCUUAUGAAAGAUUUGUUUCAUUGUCAGCAAGGAUGCAUCAACUGUGUUCAAGCGAUUUCGUCAGUGAUCGAUGGAUUUCUCUGUGGGAAUCCUGGAAAGGUGGAUGGCGAGAAGAUGAUUGGCGUCAUCGAGCUCUGUCACAUUUUCGAUUAUUGAAUCAUCUCUGUCAAUUAGCUAACGAAACAAUUACUAAUACGAUCAAUCAGUUUCUCCAGCGAUCAUAUGCUGCAUCCAAUAUGCCCAGCAGAGAGUACUUCAAUACUGAAUUGAAUACCACGUUGAAUGAAUAUUUACGACUAACUACACUGCCUUUUCGUGUAUUGGUUGAGACGUCAUCUCUCUUUAUGCAAGUUGAUCAGCCUUAUAUGGGGUGGCUUUUCGAACCCUCAAGAACACGCGAUUUCAAUCUAAUAUUAACGUUGAAUUUGAUGAAAAUAUAUCUUAGUGAGUCUUCAAUGAUCGGCUGUGUUUGCGCAACAAAUUCUGAUUGUCAAAGUCCAGCUGUUAUUUACUACAGUGGGGUAGAUUGGUCAGCAUCUUACUCACCUGUAGAAGGAUCUUAUCUGUCGUCGUUUGUUCGUCGAUGUUCGAUUAUCGAUUCUCUGCUUUUCUCCACGCUGGCAUGUUUUUACCGUCAUUCCGAAUGCUUUAUAAUUUUGUCACAAUGUGCCAACAGAUUGUACUACACGCCCGGUACGUCAUCGAUAUUUUCUGUUCGUCCUCUCGUCUAUGAUCCAAGAACCAGUCAAUACCCUCCUGACACUUUAACUAAAACUGUUGUUGAAAGGUUGAUGAUCGAACAAUGGGAAACAAUGGUCUCGUAUGAAAAAUUUUAUCAUUCGUGUGCACCACGACACUGUAUUUACUCAAAGCGAAUUCGCACUAAAAAUUCUGUUCAGGUGAUUAUUGCACUCGUGUCAAUAAUCGGUGGUCUAACUGCUUCAUUACGGAUUAUCGCACCUUGUUUUGUCAAAAUAAUCGAUUAUUUUAAGGAAUGUUGCACCACAACACGACGAUCACGAUCAAUACCAGAACAGCAAGUUGUAGCACGUUCAUCACGCUAUGAUAAGUUGAAGAUGUACAGAAACAUACUCGUUGAGCUGGUGCGCACUGAGCUGAUCAAUCUGAACAUCUUCUCUGCAAGAGAUUUUAACCGUCAACUGGAUCAAGCAGCAGUGAAACGCCUUGGACGUUGGUCCACUCUUCUAUAUAUUAUAUUGCUUGUAACUGGCCUUGUUUUUCUUGUUCUCUACGCGACUAUUCAACCACAAACGAUAACAGAGCAUUUCGAUCACCCAUCCCUCAAUUUAUCCAUGCAACUCAAAGAUAAAUAUGGAAAUCAGUUCAAAUGUCCCUGUACAUCGAUUGUAUCCCUUUACAGAGAUUUCGUCAGCAUUAAGCCUCAAUUACAUCAGAUUUGCUCAAGUCCGUUUGCUUCACAAGAAUGGCAACUGAACAUCACAUCUGGCCUUAAUGUUAAUCUUUCUAUUUAUGCACGCACGGAUUAUCGUCGUUUUCUUUCUGCACAUCUACAAUUUCUCCGCGGUCUCUGCCAAUUAUCGACAGAACUCGUUAAUAACACUAUUGAUCAACUGCUGUCAUCAUCAUUUAUCACCACUGAACUUCUCUCAAAAGACAAUUUUCACGAACGUCUCGAUUCUACUAUUGAACAGCGCAAAAACAAUGCUUCAGCGGCAUUCAAUCAACUUCUAUUUUUAAUUCGCCGUUUGAAUCACGGCAAUGGCAUGAUCUCAAUGUAUGGAACGAACUUCGAAUAUGUGGUUCCUUGGGAUCACUUUUAUGACGUCUAUGCACCCACUCAAGCAUUUGUCUAUGAUGGAUGUUCUUGUGGCCGAUAUCCUAAUUGUACAAGUCAAGCAACUUUCUUUGCAAAGAAUUCUUCGACCAGAACAAUUCCUGUCAAAGGUUUGAAAGUCGGAUGUACACCAAGUGAAUCAUUUUUCGCUUCAACUCUUGAAUGUUUUUAUGAUAAGACAUGUAUUGAUCUCAUUGAAGAGUAUACUGAGUAUGGAAAUCAGAAUCGUUCUUCUACUCUUCUUUCCUCAGGGAGUGGUCCUUUUCCUGCGAACACGACACUAGCUCAAUUGAGUGAGAACCUUUUUGUGGAAGAUUGGCUAACCAAUAUUAACUAUGCUGUUUAUUUCGAACAAUGUCGACCAACUCUUUGCUCUCAUACAUUCUACGUGCAAUUCAAUGCGCCCUAUAUUCUUACUCUUCUUCUCGGCCUUCAAGGCGGUCUGAGCAUUGUUAUUCGAUGGAUUUGUCCGAUUCUAGUGCAAAUUGUUGCCCAAAUUAUUCACUACCGAAAACAUCGAAGAAAUACUAUUCAACCGAGAUUGUCUGAAACUGUGUCAACAAAUGUCGAUAGGUUUGCUAACAAUGCGGUAUCAAUUUCUCCUGUGAUGAUUCGAUGUUCUCGUAAAGUGAUGUUCAUGUGUCUAAUGCUGAGUUGUAUAGUAGCAGCUCUAGCACUAUUCUCUUUCUACUUUGUUCGACGAGUUUCGUUUUCCACGACGACAAUCAGUACUACUGCUACUCCAGAAACCACAUCAUCAACAGGUUCUUCAAUCGUACCUUGUCAAUUGAAAUUUGUAACAAUAUCCAGAAACAUAGGUGAUAUUCAGCUCAUAUCACCGGUCCUUGCUGAUUUCAAUGGCGACGAUCGUGCCGACAUUGCAUUUUACUCUGUGAGAUAUAGACGGAUGUAUGUUUUACUUAAUAAUCAAAAUGGAACUUUUCAAGAAGAACUCACGUUUUCUAUUAAAUCCAUUGAUUUAACAUUCAAGAUCCUUGCUGCUGAUUUCAAUAACGAUCGAUAUGCCGAUAUACUUUUCAUUGAUAAUGUGGAAAUGCAUAUCGUUGUUUUUUUGGGCUAUGGCAAUGGAACAUUUCAACGUCCGAGAACUUCAAGUAUCAAAUACCGCGGUCUACCGAUGAACAUAGCGGUAGCCGACUGGAACAAAGACAGUAAUAUGGACGUCAUAAGUCUAUACGGUGACUCGCCACCGUUUAUGUUUUUUAACGGAUGGGGGAAUGGGACAUUCGCUGACGGUUUCAUGAUGUUCCUAAUAGACCGCCAGUUUUGCCCAAAAUCUUUUCAGGUUGUUGAUUUCAAUCGUGAUGGUAAUAUGGAUAUAAUUUCUGAUAAUCAGUGUUUUCGAGGCAUUACUAUUAUUUUUUCAUUUAACAACUUUCCUCUUGUCUACCGUUAUAUUUUUAUCAGUUCUGGAAACCUUAGGUUCAAUGACAUAUUUGUCGCAGAUUUUAAUGCUGAUACACGAUUAGAUCUGGCUGUUUCAUCUAUGAAUUCCAGCGACAUUCGACUACUUUUUGGAGGUGACGACGCUUGUUGUCGUUCAAGUGAAGCCAUUCCUAUUGAGAAGCCGACGGAACCGUUUAAACUGGUCAGUGAAGAUUUCAACUGCGAUGGGCAACGAGAUAUUGUUUUCAGUCAAGGAGAUCCACUUCGAAUAGGCGCUCUUGUUGCACUAUCAAAUGAAGACUUUGAGACACAGUCGGUUUUGAUAACUGAACUGAGUAGCGAUCACGUCUGGAUCGAUACAGGACAUUUCAAUAGCGAUUCUUAUCCGGAUUUGAUUGUCGUCGAUCUCUCAUCGAGUACGAUUUUUACCUUUCUCAACGCUUGUGAAUGUUGUAUGCGGGCGAACAUCUCGACCAAUAUUAACUGCUAUUAA